AUGAAUAUCAACAUGGAAAUCCUUCGAAAUUUCACCGCCAGAACGCUCAAAUCCUGGAGUGGCUAUCAGCUCGCCCUGGACAACUCUUGUGGUGGCGAUGAGACAAGAGAGAAGGACAAGUGGUUUCUAGACGUCCUUUGCGAGCAAAUGACAACGUCGAGAGGUCUAAAAGCCGAGGACCUCGAAGAGUGGCUCACAAACAUCCUCUAUCACGACUUUGACCUGAUUCUAGAGGACGAUUCGAGCUAUCAAAUCGCGUUUUUCCUUCUAGAAGGCUUUGGAUACAUUAAGAAUCAGAAUGAGGCCGGUUUGCAGCAAUUACUCUCCAAACUUCCAUCAGACGAAGAGUUGGCACAAGCAAAGAGAGAAUCUGUACGUGGCGCUGAGAACGACGAAGACGAUGAGGACAUGGAGAUUCCGGAAGAAGAGGAAGAGGAAGAGCAGGGACCGUCGGAGCCACGUGAACCGCAGCGGCAGGUGGUUGUUGAUGAGGAUGGAUGGACAACGAUUACGAAACGACAAUAA